AUGUUUACAAUAUUACCAUCAUUGUAUUUAAUCGGUGUUCAUUAUUUUCGACAAUGGAAGACGCCGUAUUAUCAAGAAAAAAUCAACAAACAAAUAUUCGAAAUUAAUAAUAAUAACAUUAAUGAUAAUACAAAAAAACUCGAAAACGAUUUUCAUAUAGUUAUCGAUCAGCCGUCGAUUUCUCUUCCAUUACGUGACAACGACGAAAGUACAUCAGAUUUAACCAGUGAUCGAAGUAAUUCAAUUCGAUCACAUAAAAAAAAAUCGCAUCGUCGACAACGGAGAACACUAACAAAUGGACUUAGCCGUGAUAAUAUUAACUAUCUAAUGAAUAAGACAGGACUUAAUCAAGAAAGCAUACUCAUAUCGUAUGAAGACUUUCUUCGUGAUUGUCCCGAUGGCAAACUUUCAAAAAAUAAAUUUUUUGACAUUUAUCAACAAUAUUACAAGAAAGGUCAUGUUAAUAAAUUCUGUGAUCAUGCUUUUCAAUUGUUCGAUAAAGAUGGCUCAGGAUAUAUAGAAUUUAUGGAGUUUAUUGUUGCUGUCAGUUUAAUAUCAUCCAAAGAUCCCGCACGAAAAAUUGAACUCUUCUUUGCAAUGUAUGACAUUGAUCAUAAUGGAUUUAUCGAUGAAAAAGAAAUGAGAUCGUUUGUUGAGUCAAUUUAUGAAUUAAUGGGCAUUGAUAUUAGUGAUCCAUCAAGAGUUGUCACAAAAGUUCAUGAUAUAUUUUCCACAGCUAAAUGUGAUUCAUUAGGAUAUUUGGGAAAGGAACAAUUUGCAGAAGCUUGCCAGAAUGAUCGGCAUAUACGUAAACUUCUGAUGCCAACAACAAAAUCAACGAAUAAUCAAGAGAACUAA